AUGUCAGUCAACAAAAUGCCGAGCGGGACGCCAGCCCAUCAUCGCCAUGCGACUCCGAAGCCCACCGCGGCAGAGCGGCCGCAUGGACAUAAGGAGGCGCCCCCGCAGGUGAUACCUAUGACCAAUGUUAUGCCAGGGGACAGUCCCUUCGUCACCUGGGACCAAUUCCAGUCCGCAAUGAGUGUGAUAAGAACUGUUAUAGGGGGGACCAUGGAAUCCGGCGCAACGAUUCCCAUACUACCACAAGACGGCAGCACUAUGCAGGCCUUUCUGCUGCGCAUCGAGCGCCGGUACACCCAGAUGGGAUUGGAACCACGUGUGUGGGGAAAUGCAUUUAUUGACCACCUUGUGGGCCCGACUCUAACGUAUUGGAUGUAUCUACGGCGAACUAUCGACCUAAGCAACUGGGCGAGAGUACAGCGCAGGCUUUUGGAGCGGUUUGACAAAACAAUGUCGCAGAGUCAAUUGUUAACGGAGUUGGCUAAAGUACGGUGGAACGGUAACCCGAAGGAGUACACGGACCGGUUUGCGGCUGUAGCGGCGCGUGGGGCAAGCAACGCGCAACAAAACGCGCUUUGUCAUUCAUCCGAGAGCCUUAGGGGCACCGCCGAACCGGCUUUGGGCAAAGCCAGUAUGAGAUGCAAACCGUGCAAUGCCCAUCGCUCGUAUUAG